UAUUUCGUUUUGAGCGAUAAAACGGUCGAAAAAGAAACACGUGACAGUCCUGCAUUUAGAGAUAAAUGCAAAAUGACUGAGGAUAUUCAGAAACUGGAAACAUCAUUGGAUUUAUUAUGCAGUAAAAAUGUUUGCUUGAAGGAUAUUCUUAAAUCAAAUUUAGAAACAAAGAAAAAAACUAAACGUGAUUAUAAUAAAAUCUUACAAGCAUUGAGUGAAUCAGUUUUGAAGAUAGAUUGUUAUUAUGAUCUUGUCCUAAAUUGUUCAAAUUUGAUACCAGAGUUGUUAAGUAGAAAUUUUGAUAUCACUGUAUCUCAUGCUGAAUUUCAAACAAAAUGCGUUGUUUUAUCCAAAAUUGUGGAAUUGAGACCAGACCUCUCGAAAUUAGCUACAAGUUACAUUUUAAAAAAUAAACCGUUUUACUCGUCUACUACUGAUGAGCCAGAGAAAAAACGAAAAAAAAUGAAUAGGCCUUCUUUGGAGGAACGUUUGAAAGCUUUAUUAAUAUUUGUAAGGGCUGAGCCCAUAUUAUUCCGUAAUGAAUGGGAUUGGAGUCAAUUUAUUAAAUUUUUUGGAGAUUCGAAUCGUAAUAUUCGAUGUUUGGCGUGCGAAAUCUUAUGUGAUGUUUUUCAAAUCUCAUCUGAGGUUAGAUUUUCUCUUUGGUCGACGUAUUUGGAGCCGCAGCCAUUAAUAGAAUGCAUUAGCAGAUCUAAGAAAGGGUCCCAAAUUAUUAAGGGGUCAUCUCUUGAUCCAACCCUCUUCCGUGAACUAUUCAUGCUACCUACUGUUGAUGAUGUUUUCUUGACUUCAAAACUAAGUGAAAAUAACUCUAAAGUAGAGAACCCUUUUAUUCUUACACCAUCGAUCCGCAAAGUAUGCCAUUUGAUUGCCUUAUCUAUUGCCGAGGGUAAAGCGAGCCUCAUUAAAGGUUCUAAUGGUUCAGGAAAAACUUCUCUCAUUAAAUAUAUUGCUUCACUAACUAAUCGGAGUACAGCUCCCCAUUUUCUUACCAUUCAACUCUCAGAACAAACUGACAGCAAAAGUUUAUUAGGAACCUACCGUUGCACACCUAUUCCAGGUCAGUUUGAAUGGGUUGACGGAACUCUCACAACCGCGGUUCUCAAGGGUCAUUGGCUACUUUUAGAAGAUAUUGAUAAAGCAUCUGAUGAUGUCGUAUCCCUUUUAGCCCCCCUAUUAAAUAAUUCAUGUCUAACAAUACCUGGUCAUCGGAAUAAUGUUCGUACCCAUUCCGAAUUCAGACUCUUUGCUACUAGAAAGUCUUUCGGGAGCUUUCUUUUGCAAAAUCAAAAAUGGAAUACGUUCGAUAUGCCAGAUUUAGAUAGGAUUGAAAUGAGUUUGAUGCUGAAUGAGAAAUAUCCAAAUUUAUCGUCAAUUACAGAAAAAAUAUUGGAUAUAUUUGAAGUUUCUAAUACUCUAAGGCCUUCAUCACUAAGAGACAUAACUAAAUUUUGCAAUAGAAUUAAUAGAUACAUCAAAGAUGAUCUUUUAAAUGCUAAGACAUUAUCUGAAGUUCUUCAAGAAGCUGCCGAAGUUUUUGUUCUUUCCUCACCGUCCAAAUCAAAAAGAUUGAGCACAUUAACACAUAUAGGUUCUUUGUUAAAUGUAAAUCCUGCUCAAUGUGAACAUCUCAUGUCUGCCUAUCGAGCAGAAAUUAAGUGGAUGGAUGAGAAUUUUACUGCUGGAAGAAUAACAUUGAAAAAGUUUGGAGACGAUAGUCUUUAUGAAUGGACAAAUACACGACAAGCCGCAAAUUUAGUUGAGAACUUGGCUGCUUGCGUUCUUAACAACGAAGCCACACUACUUGUUGGUGAAACAGGAACGGGAAAAACCAGCGCUGUUCAGUAUUUAGCUUCUAAUUUAGGAAAGUGCCUUACUGUAAUAAAUAUGAAUCAGUACACUGAUUGCACUGAUCUUCUUGGAGGCUACAAGCCUGUUGGUGGGAAAGUUUUAGUUAAUCCCAUCAGAGAAAAAUUUCAAGUGUUAUUUCGCAAAUCGUUUGAUGAAAAAGAAAAUACCCAAUUUAUUGGAAAAAUAAACGACUGCUUAAGGAAAGGUCGCUGGAAAUUGCUGCUAAAAGUAAUGAAACGAAUUUGUGAUAUUGCAAUAAAGAAACCUAAUCAGACAGAUGAUUGGUUAGCCCUAAAACAAGAAAUUGAUCAAGUACAUAAUCAAAUAAGCCAAAUCUCAUUUUCAUUUGUUGAAGGAUCACUUGUAGAGGCAGUUAAAAAAGGGCAUUGGAUAUUACUUGACGAAUUAAAUUUAGCACCGCCCGAUACAUUAGACGGUUUAAUUUCUUUAUUAACUCCUGAUGGCUCUUUAACAUUACUAGAGAAAGGAGAUAAAGUUCCUGUUAAAAGACAUCCCGAGUUUAGGUUGUUUGCAUGCAUGAAUCCUGCAACAGAUGUAGGAAAACGUCACUUACCAGUAGGCGUUCGCAAUAGAUUUACUGAACUCUACGUGGAGGAACUUGUUGAAAGAAAUGAAUUAUUAGAACUUGUUGACUUUUACUUAAAAGACUUAUCUGUUAAUAAGAAAUUGAUAAAUACUGUUGUUGAUCUGUAUAAAACCUUAAGGAAAAAAUCAGAGACUGAUUUAGAGGAUGGUACUGGUAGAAAGCCACAUUACAGUUUGAGGACUUUAUGCAGAGCUUUAAGAUAUGCUCGUUCACAAAAGAGUGUCAAUUUUUCUUACUGUCUCUAUGAAGCCUUUUGUUUGAGUUUCCUCACCUGUCUGAAUCGACAUUCCGAAGAUUACGUCGAAUCAGAGAUAAGAAAAGCUUUUGGAGGAAAAGGAAAAUUUUUGCAGCUCGGUAAGGAUUAUGUUACAGUGAAAGGAUAUUGGAUUAAGAAAGGGGAGGAUGAACAAUUUGAAAUGAAAGAUUAUGUUAUGACUAAAACUGUUGAUUUAAAUUUAAAGAAUUUGGCAAGAGCAGCGUCGGCUUCUCUUCCUAUAUUGGUUCAAGGCGAAACUUCUGUUGGUAAAACAUCCUUGAUAAAAUAUUUAGCCCGUUUAACUGGAAAUACAGUACUUCGAAUUAACAAUCACGAACAUACAGAUAUGCAGGAGUACAUUGGUUGUUAUACAACUGAUGGCGAUGGAGUCCUUACUUAUCAGGAUGGAGUUUUAGUCCAAGCUAUGAGAAAAGGCUAUUGGAUAAUAUUGGAUGAACUCAAUCUUGCCCCAACUGACGUUUUAGAGGCAUUAAACAGAGUUUUAGAUGAUAACCGAGAAUUAUUGAUAACUGAAACUCGUGAAGUUGUUAAAGCUGAUCCAAAAUUUAUGUUAUUUGCGACUCAAAACCCAGCUGGUACAAGUUAUGGAGGGAGAAAGGAAUUAUCUAGAGCCUUCCGAAAUCGUUUUAUAGAACUGCAUUUUGAUUUACUACCUGAAAAGGAAUUGGUCCAAAUAGUUCACAAACGCUGUAAGAUUCCUCAGUCUUACGCUGAAAAACUAGUGAAGGUUAUGAAAAAUUUGCAACUAGUCAGAAGAAAGAGCGGAGUAUUUGUUGGCAAAGAAGGUUUUAUCACUUUACGAGACCUAUUUAGAUGGGCUAAUAGAUAUAGGUUAACUGAAGGCCAAAAUAAAGACUGGAACCAAUUUCUAGCAGAGCAGGGAUUUAUGUUAUUGGCUGGUAGAGUUCGAUGCGAGGAUGAGGCUGUAGUUGUUAAGGAAAUCAUUGAAAAGGCAUUUCCCAGGACAAAUAUCUGUGAAAGUGACCUAUUUUCUGUUAAUUCAAAAACUUGUACUAGGCAAUCAAAUAAUAUUAUGCACCAAUUAAUGAAUUCCAACUUUACCGAAGACUUUAAACAUUUGGUUUGGACAAAAUCUCUUAGGAGAAUGGCUGUGUUAUUGAAUGAAGCUAUAACUUUCUCCGAACCUGUUCUUUUGGUAGGACAAACUGGUUGCGGUAAAACAACAUUAUCUUAUUUAUUCGCCAAUCAACUAAGGGCUCAAUUAUGGUCAAUUUCUUGUCAUCGUAACACCGAAGUUGGAGACAUUCUCGGCAGUUUAAGACCAGUUAGAAAUAGGUCUGAGAACGAUAAAAGACUUUUUGAGUGGGUAGAUGGUCCUCUUGUUGAUUCAAUGAAAGCUGGUGGGUUAUUUUUACUUGAUGAAGUUUCAUUGGUUGACGAUUCAGUAAUCGAACGGCUAAAUUCUGUUCUUGAAUUGGAUCGUAGCUUGGUGUUAGCGGAAAAAGGAGGCGAGGAGGUUUUCGCUAAUGAUAAAUUUCGAUUAGUAGCCACAAUGAAUCCUGGAGGUGAUUUUGGUAAAAAAGAACUAUCUCCUGCUUUACGUAAUAGGUUUACUGAAAUAUGGUGCCUUUCCGAAACUAGUAAGAGUGACUUGGUUGGCAUUAUUAAACAUAAUUCAAAAAGAAAAGAUGUAAAAGCUGAAAGCAUGGUAGAUUUUGUUGAGUGGUUAAAAAAUAAUGAUGAUUUAAGGUUAAAGGAUUCUAUUAGUAUCCGAGAUUAUUUAAAUUGGAUAGAAUUUAUAAACCGCGUUGACUAUUUGGAUAUGGAUAGUGCUUCAUUUCAUGGAGGAUGCAUGAGCUUCAUCGAUGCUUUUGGUACAGGAGCUGGCGUAGAUGACGCAAGAUUUUCGUCAGCUAAACAAGAAUCUAUAGCCAUGCUAAGAAAGUAUUUUCCUAAUACAGUCAAUGAAGCAGAAUUUCAGUUCAGCGUUGAAAACUCUCAUAUAAAGAUAGGGCCUUUUGUUGUUGAAAAAGGUCAGGAAAUGAGUAUUGUAGAUAAGACGUUUAAUUUUUCUGCACCAACAACUAAAGCUAACGUCCUAAAAAUAGUAAGAGCUUUAGCUCUUGAUCGGCCAAUUCUUUUGGAAGGAUCUCCCGGAGUAGGUAAAACAACGGUGGUUCAAGAAUUAGCACGUGUUUCAGGAUUUCAAGUUACAAGAAUCAAUUUGUCAGAGCAAACUGAUAUCAGUGACUUGUUUGGAGCUGAUUUACCUGUUGAAGGUGGCAAAGGAGGCCUUUUCGAAUGGAGAGAUGGUCCGAUAUUGAAAGCUCUUAAGAAUGGACACUGGAUCAUACUCGAUGAGUUAAAUCUUGCAUCACAAUCGGUGCUAGAGGGUUUGAAUGCCAUAUUGGAUCACAGAGGAGAGGUUUUCAUCCCAGAAUUAAAUAGAACUUUUCAUGUUUCCAAAAGAAAAACUAGAUUAUUUGGUUGUCAAAAUCCCUACGUGCAAGGUGCUGGCAGAAAGGGAUUACCUCAAAGUUUUUUGAAUCGAUUCGUCAAAGUUUAUGCUCAAGUUUUAACUCGUGAGGAUUUAGUAUCCAUUUUAAAUAAUGCUUAUCCUGAAGUAAUCGAAUGGUCGGAACAAAUGAUUGAUUUCAAUUGUAGAAUAAGUGAAAUAUUCAAAAAUUUUUGGGAAUUUAACUUGAGAGAUGUAUUUAGAUGGUGCGAGCUAAUAAAAACUGCUGAAGAAGCUUUUAAACAUCCUUCGUGUUUCGUUCGAACAAUCUAUCUAAGCAGAAUGAGAAACGAACAUGACGUAUCAAGAGUUCUUGGAGUUUAUUGUCAAUAUUUUCCCGAACCAAAAACUCCAAAUCGAAACUUAUUUAUUGACGAUAAAGUGCUACGAAUUGGUGAUUGCGAAAUUGAAAGGCAAAAUAAAUUAACAGAAAAGGCAGAAAAUCUGAUCCUCAGCCAUAAGAUACUUUCUGUCGGUGAAGACUUUUUACAAGCAAUUAGAAAUGGAUGGAUGAUUAUGCUUGUAGGAUCUAGUGGUUGUGGGAAAACCAGCAUUGUAAAAACAAUGGCUGCUUUGGCAGGUAGAAAUCUAAGCAUACUAAACAUUAAUGCUAAUAUGGAUACGAUUGAACUACUUGGCGGCUUUGAACAAGCCGACGUUUGGAGGCUUGUUCAUGAAAUUCAAGAUGAUUUGGAGGCUAAAAUAUCUGAGUUGACUGGACAAUUUCUAAUUCAGGGCGAUAAAAACAUAGUGAAUAUUCUGGAGAAAUAUGCUCGAUUGAAAUUUGAUGAAGAGGAAAGAAACAUUGAUUAUAUUAUUGAAUGUUUUAAAAAUAUUCUUGGUUAUUUUCCCAACAAUAUUGCAAAAGAAAUUGAAGAAAAAUUAAUAAAGUUAGACUCCUAUAAGGAUUCAGCAGGAAAAUUCGAUUGGAUUGAUAGCCAACUCAUACGUUCAAUGCAAAAUGGAGAUUGGCUUUUGGUGCAUGGUGCUAAUAUAUGUUCUCCAUCAGUACUUGAUCGUCUUAAUCCCCUAUUAGAGCCAAAUGGAGUUCUUACUAUAACUGAGAGAGGAGUAAUUAAUGGCGAAAUAGUUACUGUUAAACCACACAAGGAUUUCCGAAUCAUACUAGAAUUAGAUUUCAGACAUGGUGAACUUUCUAGAGCAAUGCGAAAUCGAGGAUUAGAAAUUUGGCUUGAUUCGGAAUCGGAUCACGAUCUUCAUUGCUUAGCUAAUCUGAAAGAAGUUCAAGUAGCAGAAAUUUUAUUAAAAUUUUAUAAAGAAUAUGGUCGAAAUAGAUUAGAAACUUUGAUAAGGUCUUCUUCCUUAUGCAAACAACUGAUGCAAAACGGGAAAGAUGAACUUUCAGCUUUAAAGUGCAGUAUUAGCCACGUAUACAAUGUCGAACCAGAAAUUGAUAUUUUAGAUGAAACAACAGACACUUGGACUUUUGGAGAAGCACAUGUUAAGGAUUUUCAACAUAAUGUAUCUAUAGCUAAUUCAAUUCGCUAUUCGGAAUACUUGCAACAUAUCAUCACAAACGAAAAAAGAAACUUUGUAAAUGACUUCAUCGUUCCUUACCUUACUGUUGAAAAUUUUAAAAGCAACGAGUUUGCUAUAAAAUAUCUACAGUAUCAGUUUUCCGAUUUCAAGGAUAUUAUAGAAUAUUGUAGUAGAUUUCUACAGCAUAAGACUGGAUUUCUAUUAAGUUUUGUUUAUUAUCUGGAAUCUUGCAUCAAAGAAAAGAAUUUAAUAAAAACUUCUCGAAAUGCCAGAAAAGCAUUCAAUCCAUAUCAUCCCUCUGUCUUAUUCCUAGAGAAAUUUACAGAAUUGGUGUUCAGAGAAAUUAUAGAAUAUUUAGAAAAACUGGAAUCUUCUAACUCUAGCAUUGUCUUCAAAUGUUUAAAUCAAUUGAUAUCUUGGAUAAACUUUUGUUCAAUUGAUAUUUCAACUUAUAAUGUUGAAGAGUAUAUUUCUUUAUUAACUUUACAUUUGAAUUGGAUAAAUGCCAAAGUAUUAGCAAAACUUCCAACAACAUCAGGUGCUUUGAGAUCCAUAAUGGAUGAACUUGAAGAAAUCAUUCCCCAAGAAAAUUCUUCUGUAAAUAUCCAACGAAGGGUAAUAAAGAGUUUAUCACAUAAAACAUUAGGAAUUUCUGAAGGGAAAGAAGUUAUUAUCGAGAAGUUAAAACAAACUUUGAACGGCAGAAACUUUAACGAAAGUUGUAGAAAGCGUAUUUGUUAUCUAUUUUCAUUAAUAUCUUUGGAACAAAUUGAUGAGUUGUCAGUUAAAGAGGCUAUUGAUCAACUGGAAUCAGAAUUAAAAGAAAAUACCGACAGUGGAUCUUUUCAAAGAGAUAUAAAGAAGGAUAUUUUAGAAUUAAUAAAUUGUAAAGAUUCAUUAAAAAUUCUAAAAGAUGUCUUAUUAACAAAUGUUAAUGAUACUGCAAUUUGCAAUUCAGUUGUAAAUGGCCUAAAAUACUGCGAAAACAGUUGGAAUAUUCUACCUACAUUGAAUUUUAAAAAUGGAAUAGAUAUGAUUUUUCCAAGUAUUUUUAAUCGUCUCUCAAUUUUAUUUGAUUCUUCAGCAAAUUUACAUACGGUUCAGCAAACGAAAUUGGCUUUUGAACUAAAUAACAGAAAUGUUCCGCUUAAAACGUACAGAAAAAAUACAAAGGAGCUGGCAGAAAUAUCGAGAAGUUUAUUCAUAAAAAGUUUCGAUAAUUCUUGUACUCUUUCAAAUUUUGCAUACGUACUUUUUAAGAUGCUUGAACGUCUUAGGAACGCUAGCAGAAAUGAGCAUAUUCAACUACCAAAUCAAACACUGUAUGGUAUAUGGUCAAUUUUACAACAGCUUUCAACAGAUUAUGAGGAGGAUUUCAAAGCGGAAGCUGAUCAAAAAAUGUUUUUGGCCCAAUUGAGUGUUCAAAUAGGCUUAAUUUACUUAUAUGCAUUCCGACCCUUGUCAACUGUUGAUCCUGUCUAUAGACAGAGAAUAAAGAGACACUUAGCAGAAUUGGAACUUUCUAAUUUACAAACUGAAGUUAACACAAGAAAAGAUUAUCAAUUUAGGCUAACAGGUUUAGCUAAUCUUGUAGCAAACGAAAGAACGUCUUACUUAGUAGAAAGAAUUGAAAAAUUGGAAAAAAGAUUAUUGCUGGAUAUUGAAAAAACGUUCAGACCCAAUACGACGGACUUUAUAAAAUUACAUACAGAAAUAAAAGGAUUCGCUAAAACUGUAGAAUCCAGUUUCAUAAUGAAAUUAAUGACAAAUAUAGAAGAUGUUGAAAAAGAAGAAUUUUCAAAUCAGUUAGGAUCUUUUAAAGAGACUUUAAGACAAUUUACAAAUCGACUAAAAAAAUUUGAUUAUUAUAGUGAUGUAACUGGUCCUAUCCUAAAUGGUAUAUCGUUGAUUUCUCAUGGUCUCGAUUUGGCAUGUCUAAAAUUGGACGAGGAUUUAGAAGCCCUAAUCGAAUUAUCGCUGUAUUGGCCUUUAGAUAUGACUUUAGAACAUUUAUUAUCUGAAGAAACUAUACGAAUUUUGUCAAGACACACCUCUAAAUCCCCUAACGAGUUACAAUGGCAGUUGUGUGAGAUUAUACUUUCUGAUAUUCAAGCUAAGGGUGUUGUCCUAAAGAGAGCCAGUGAAGAAGAUAACAUUCUGGCUGAAGCUGCCUUAGAAAAGGUAUUGUUAAUUUGGAGAGCAAUAGACGAAGAAAAGAGGCGAAAAGAGUUGGAAGAAGAAAGUUUAUACAAGAUAAAGGAACAUGGGGAAAAAUUAACGGAAGCUGAGAAAGAAGAAAGAGAAAUUCGUAAAUUGUUUCCUGAAUUUCCUGAUUUUGAAAACGUAGAAGUGGAAAAGUCAGGCUUUGGACUCACAGAUGAAAAAAUAAGAGGAAUAUUGAAUUUAUACUCGAAAAUCUCUUCAGCUCCUGCAGUGUACACAGAAGAAAACCUAAUCUGGGGCGAUAGCAUUUUAAAGAGACAAAUGCUGCUAUCGGAUAUCCUUUUUAAAAGCCAUCUGAAAGAGGAUGGAGAUCGACAACUGAUCUAUACACUGUCAUUUGCCAAUAAAUUUCAAGCAUUAACAAGCAAGACAACAUCGUUCUAUCACGAAGGCAAUGUGCAACAAGCCAUCGAGAGUAUUGAGGUUUUGAAAGAUAUGCGAAAGGCUGUUGAAAUUAGAUUAGCUGAAUGGCCAGAGCAUCCAACUCUACAAAAAAUAAAUGAAAUUAUAGAAAAAAUUCUGAAUUUACCUGUUAAUUCUGUUCUAGCUAGAUUUGCAGCUGGUCUACAAUUGUUAUUAAUGGAAUGCGAAGAAUGGCAAAAGGUUGCAUCUCGAAGAGUUAGCCUUAUAGAAGAAAUAGGAAAUGUAACUAAAGUUUUGAUUAGUUAUAGAAAAAUAGAGCUGGAAAGCUGGAAAGAAAUACUGGAAUUUGAACUGGAAAAAUGUAAGCUAAGCAGUUUUCAAUUCGCUUUCCGUAUACUUGCUGCAACAAGAGAAGUCAAGUCUUCGGAGGAUAUGACUACUUGUUUAAAUAACAUUAAAGAGUGGUUAGAAAAUGCUAAAUUAGGAGAUUUUAAUGAAAGAUAUCGUAUUUUGUCAAUUAUUCAUUCUUCAUGUUUGACUAUUAAUCCGGAAUUGGCCAAAGGAGUUUAUAAUAUUAAACUAAUGUAUUCGAUCUUUGUUGAACAAAUAUCUGAUAACUUGGAGAGCCUUCAAAAACCAAUAGAUAAAGAAUUAAAGAGUUACGUAAAAAUAUGUAGAUGGAAUGAUAGAACAUUUUGGGCUUUGAAAACUGGGGUCGAAAAAGCUCAUAAAACAGUUCAUAAAUUCAUUAAGAAAUUUAAAGAAGUUUUAUACGGUAAAGCCGUCUUGGUGUUGAAAGACGACGAACUUAAAAUGAAAGAGUUCUCAAACGACAUCCCUGAAAUAACUCUCACAAAGCAGGAUAUCACUUUAGAAAUAGACAAUGUCAAGAAUAUGAAUGAUAAAACCUUUAAGUACUCAUCUUGGAUUAUCUACCAAAUGCAGGAUAUGCAAAAAAGAAUUGAUCUUCAAGAAGUUCGUUUAUCAAUACUGGAAACUUAUAAUCAAUUCUUAACUGCUGAUAUUCCAAAUGAUAAGGAAGAGAGAAAAAAAUUUAUUAAAAAUUUACAGCAUAGAAAGCGAAAAUCUCUGUCAGACUUUGUUACAGACUUCACCAAAAUGGGAUUGUCUUACAGGAAGGGGCUUAAAGAUAUUGACAAUUUUCAAGGCGAUUUAGAAGACACGUACACUAUUGAUGAGAAUAUUAAAACAUACAAGCAAGAGUUAGUUAGAAACUGGGAAGAAUGUAAACGAAACCACGUACGUUGCAUCUGUAGGAAAUCUCAGUUACAACAAGCUUUUAAAACUCCGUCUAAGGAAUUAACAACUGCCGAAAUUCAUCGAAGUCACGGUUUAAGUCGACAUCUGGCUCGUUUUGAACAAAAAUUAUGGUCCAAUUUAUGCGAAUUUUUUAGUCUUUAUAUCGAGUUUAAUCAAGAAAACAGAGAAUUAGCAAAAUUAGCAGAAGAAGGUUGGUUCUCUCAACAAAGUCUAUCCGAAUCUGUGGUUCAAUUAAAUAGUCAAAUAUCAAAUUGUCUACUUUAUCUGUCACAAUUUGUCGCUCUCUAUCAGAGUUUACCAGAGGAUAUUGGUGACGAUAUAGAAAUAUAUAAACUAGAAAACUAUCCUGAUUUAUUAAAAAGCCACGAACAUAUCCUAUCUACUUUGAAGAUUAACAUUAAAUCAUUAGAAUCGAGUAGUAAUCGAAUUGCUGAGAUGACUACUAUCUUCACUAAAAGGGAUGCAGAGGAUUUUAUAAAAAUAAAGGUUCUGCUCACUGAAGUCAAAUCCUCUUUAGAAAAGCUUAGCUCGGAUAUAGGACUUAAACGGGAUUUGGGAAAUUCCCUUAGCGAGUGCUUGUGGAGAGCUAUUGACGAAAUGGAAAUAACACCUGAUGAGUCAAUAGCAGCACUCGAGAAAUCAGAGGAAGCUAACGAAUUGCAAUUUUCCGAGCAAACUUUUAUAGAAAACUUUCUCUUAUCUAUUCAAAAUAUAAGAAAAAUUAUAAAAGAUGACGAAGAGAAUUCCGAAUUACUAAGCUGCGGCUUCUAUAAUUUCAACUUGCAGAUUGCCAGAGCAGCAAGACUAAAUCAUUCGUGCAGGCUUAUGGAAAAAUUAAAAGAAUUCGUAUGCCAAGAUGAAGAAAAUAUGAAAAGUCUAUGCAAUUUGUUACCAUUGUUAAAUUAUUACUCAAAAAUUGCAGAAUCAGUUCUAAAUCGAUUAAUUGCGGAUUUCAACAGCAUAUCUCGCUUGUCGACUUUAAUUUCUCUUCUUGCAUCUAAUUUAGCUUCUAGAGGAUUCUGUACUCCUGAAGAUUUAAUUGAAUCUGAAGAAGGUGAAGGUAAACUUGAAAUUUCAGGCGAGGAUUGCGCUGGAAUGGCCUCCGGAAAAGGCCAAAAAGAUGUAAGCAAUGAAAUUGACACCGAAGAACAAGUAGAGGGAAGGAAGGGUGAAGAAGAAGAUAAAGAUGAGGAUGAAGUUGAAGGCGAAGAUAAUGCUAUUGAAAUGACUGACGAUUUCGGAGGAGAAGACAGAGAUCCUCAUGUUGAAGAGAAGGAUGAAGAUGAUGAGAGCCAAGAGGAAGAAGAGGAAGAAGAGCUAGACAAGGAAAUGGGAGAUGUUGGUAAUGAAGGAGAAAAAUUAGAUGAAAAAAUGUGGGGAUCUGACGAAGAGAACGAGGAAGAAGAAAAAAAUGAAGAACAAGGUGGAGGAGAUGACGCUAAAGGAGAGUCCCAGUUGGUAGCUAAAGAUGACGUAACGGACGCCAAAGAAAGUAAUAACAAUGAAGAUGAGCAAGACAAUGAUCAAAAUGAAGAAAUAAGAGAAGAAGAGCCUCAUGAUGACAGAGACUUCGAUGAAAACGAGACUGAUAAACAUACCGAACAACAACAAAAAGAAGCUCAAGAAAUCGAAGAUCUUCCGGAAGAUAUGGAAAAUAAAGAUGACUUAGAAAUGGAAGAAAAAGAUGAUAUUGGUUCUGAUGCUGAAGAAAAAGAUGAAGAAAAUCCAGAAGACAAUCCUUUAGAUAUUGAUAAUAUGCUCGAGGAAGAAAACAAAGAGGAGACUAACGAACAAGAAAAUGAUGAUGAAACAAGGGAAGAGCCUUCUACAGAACCCAUGGAAACUACGGAAGAUGAUCAAGAACAAGAUCAAGAUAAAGAAGAGCACCAGGAAAUUGAAGAUCAGAGUAAAACAGCUUCAAGCUCGUAUGAAAAUGCUAUUCAGUCCGAAGUCCAAUCAGGCUCUGCAGAAAAUGAAACUGAAGAUAAGGAAGAGUCCGGAGAUGGAUCCGCUAAAUCAGAAACUCAAGGAAGAAAAGGAGCAUUAGGAAAGGCUGCUCCAAAAUCUACUGAGAAUAAGGAAGAAAUGGGAAAGAACCAAAAGGGAAAAUUCAAUGAGGAUAGAACCAUUUCGUCGUCUGUACAAGAAAAAGUAAAGAACUUACAAACAAUAGACCGUCAAGAAGAGAGUAUGGAGUACGAAGAGAACCAAAGUAAAGACUUGUACGAACAUAUUAAAGAGGGAGAAAAACACGAUGAAAUAACUGUUGAUAGUGCUACUAAAGAUCAACGGCAAUCCGAUUUAAAUAUUGAAGAAGCUGAGAACGAGGGUGAUGAAGACUUUAUGGAAGAUGAACCUUUUGAGCAAAAACCAGAAGAGGUUGAGAAAAUGGAAAGUACAAAAUUGCAUAAAGAACUAAAAGAAGAUGAAAGGAAACUCAAAGAAGGCGAAAAAAGUAAUAAAGAAGAUAAUAAUUUAAUGGAAAUUGAUGGAGAAAUUAUUAAAACUCAAACUGUUCAAGACAUACAAAGUUUCUCUGGGAUUAAUUUUGAAGCGAUGGCAGAUAUACCUAAAAUUGAUAUGGAAGAAUUACGAAAAAAUUUAGAAGAAACAAUAGGAAGUUGGCUAAAAUGCAAUGAAGAAAGGUCUGACAACGAGUGCAUGCAACGGUGGCGUCAAUACGAAAUUUGCACCUCCUCGUUAUCCAGACAAUUGUGUGAGCAAUUGCGUCUCGUUCUUGAACCAACCAAAAAAAACAGAUUAGAAGGUGAUUAUCGCAGCGGAAAGCGCCUUAAUAUGAAGAAGGUAGUAGCUUAUGUUGCAUCCGAUUUUCGAAAAGAUAAAAUCUGGUUGAGAAGAACAAAGGCCAGAGAUCGCGAUUACCACGUCAUGCUAGCUGUUGACAAUUCCGCUAGUAUGGUAAAGAAUCGCUGUGUUCAAGUUGCAUUUGAAGCAAUAGCUUUACUAUCCAAUGCAUUUAAAUUUUUAGAAAUAGGUAAAUUCGGUUUAGUAAGUUUCGGAGAGAGAGUUGAUUCAAUUCACGACUUGAACGAACCCUGGAGUAGUGAGAGUGGAGCUAAGGUCCUUCAUAAAUUACAAUUUAAUGGAUCCCAAACAAGAGUUACAGAAAUGAUGAAAAGAUGUACUGAAAUUAUUUAUAAACAAAAAAAGACUGUUAAAGAUCGAGCUAUAAGUGAAUUACUAAUAAUUGUGUCCGAUGGAAGAUCUAUGUAUGGUGAAGGUAUGGAAAAAGUCAAGCGCUCAAUCAGGGAAGCAAGACAGUCAGGAUUAUUCGUUGUUUUCGUAAUCAUUGACCACCCCGAUAGUAAAGAUAGCAUCAUGCAAAUGAGAAUACCUCGCAUGGAAAAAGAUAAACUGGUUAUGCCUUUGCAACUCGUUUCCUAUAUGGAAAAUUUCCCAUUCCCGUUCUACGUUGUACUAAGAGAUGUUGACGCGCUGCCUAUGAUACUCAGCGAUGCUUUAAAGCAAUGGUUUGAAAUUGUAGCUACAAGUGACAACUAAAUUAAUUCAACGGGGUUAUCGUUUUCCACGUACUUUUAAUAAUACUUAAACAACUUGAAUGUAUAUUUUUCUCUGGAUUGUUUUUUUUUUCUCUUUAGUUAAGACUAUUAUCGUUUCAAAAAGCUUCAAUUUAAUGAAAACUAA